UGAAUAAUUUGUACAUUUUGCGCGGAAACAUUGUGUAUGUCAUUUUUUAACAUUCAUUUCUCGUGUGAAAUAUCCUACAAUUUUCUGUGACGCUUAUAUAACAAAUUUAGCUCUAAAUGCGUGUCCGCUGAAUACCCCUUGCACCGUCCAGGCGUUGAUUUUCCUCUCGCCCGAACUGAGCGUCGAGCUAAAAUUUACAUCGAUGAUGGAGAGUAAAAAGAGUUGGUCGCAAGCGUACAUUCCUCAGAAACCAUCCGAUUAUGUAGCAUUCUUAUUCAUGAUUGUUAUGCUUUGGGUAAUUGCACUCUUUGAACUAUUUGUUGUCCUACCGCUUUACCACGAACCCUUCUCGUCAUGGUGGUGUUUACACGUGUUUUGCGGUUUUUUCUUGUGGUUGAAUGUGUUCGCCAACUUUUUCUUUCUGAUCACAACGGAUACAACAGGAAAGAAUCUGGGAAUGCCGUCCGUAUUGAAGCCCGGCUGGACUUAUUGUCCAUUCUGUCAACUGAACGCACCUCCAAGAGCCCAUCAUUGCCAAGUCUGCAACGAAUGUGUUUUGAAGCGAGAUCACCACUGUAUUUUUGCCGGAAAGUGUGUCGGCUUCAGGAACUAUCGCUAUUACAUGUUUCUAGCGUUGUACCUUUGGUUAGGAGCUUUUUAUGCCAAUGCUUUUCAUCACGAAUAUGUGACGUCGGAAAUCGGCAGUUUCAGCGUUGCAACAGUACUCACCAUGGUCACUCCAAUCUUGAUGUGGAUGUUAGGAUACACGACUCUUUACGGAUUUUUCAUUUCCUUCAUGACGGGGCUUUCCAUCUUUGCGUUCAUUCUCUUUAGUGGCAUGCUGUUCUUUCAGAUUAGAAUCAUUUCUCGCGGUCAGACUUCGUAUGAGAGAAAGAAGAAAAAGAAAGAAUAUGACCUCGGCUGGAAGCAAAAUUUCUUGGACGUUUUUGGAGAGAAAUGGUAUUCAGCUUGGAUCUGGCCCACUGUAAGUUCACCUUUGCCAGGAGAUGGGACAAAUUACAAGAAAACGUAUCUUCAAGAAAGCAAGGACCUCUGAGAGGCAUGCAACUCUAAAGCAACAGUUUAAUGUCCCAAAUUGUACCUGGUAAUAUUUGAAACAAAAUUAAGGAGUUAAUGCAUCUUACAUGUCUUGGAUUUUAUCAUUCAGCACCCCCUUUGGUGUAAGGCCUGGUUUUCACUAGAUUUGCAAUUAUAAGGGCAAGCAUAGCCUUAAUAGACAAUUUUAGAUUGAGUGUCCUAGGAGCAAAACUUAGCUUUUUACCACUAUCAGUCAUAAAAAUUUUGCUGUAAAGCAAAUACUUGAAAACAUAGUGAAAAAGAUGUAACAGUCCUGAUAUACUUCAAGUUCCUACUAUGAGAGUUAUCUAGACUAAUCAGAGAGUGAAGUAAAAACAAAACAAUUCUGGAUUACCAUGCAUGCUCUAUUCUAGAAUAACACUGAGGAAUACAAAUGUCAGGAUCAAAUUUCUUUAAUCCUUUUGCUUGUGCUUUUUCUUAAAGCUUUAUAUCUUUUGUACAUUGUAAUGUUUUCACUUACGUGUAUGAAUGCGUUGGUAGUGUAAACAAAGAUAUACUCUUUUGAAGCUGUAAAUUUGUGUUUUUCCUCAACAACUUCAGGUUACAACUUUCAAGUAGUGGAUAAUCAUAGGUGUUAUAAUCCAAAAACUUUGAAUUGGCCCACAAGAAAUCCUGUGUUGUACCAUUUCAGACUGUAAACAUAAUUUUCAACAACUGUUUGUUGUAAUCAACAUUCGUGUCCCGAAGGCAAAGUGAUUAUUGUCAAAUAAUUCCUGAGAUAAAGCAGACAGGAUUAUUCAACAACAUUCACUGAAUACAAGGAGGAGGAUAGUUGCUUCAGUAGAAUUUCUCAGGUGAUUAUCAGGCUAACUGCUUGUUUGCAUUCCUCUUGGGGAUCAUCAAAAAUUGCCUGCUUGCCAAUUUGAAAAUUAGAGUAAUCCAAUUUUGUAAUCAAUAAUUUUUUAGUUUUAGCUGUAAUGUUCUUAUUUGAUGUAAGGUUUUAACACUCUGGCCCAUUGGGAUUUACACGAACUUUGACUCCUUUUGGAUCUUGGGAUAGAAAAAUGUUGGAAGAUUAUUAAUAGAGCUUAUUGUAGUGCAUAAAUUAUGGUAACCCAGUGUUUGAACAAUGUCAUCGUAGUUGGAGCCAUAAAUAUUGUAUUAUUUUUUUGAGCACUUUGAGUGUAUUUAACUUUGAAUAGCUAUUUAUUAGAAACUGAGACUGCUAGAGUUUGAUGACUGAACAAAAGCUUUGUUUAGUCAAAGUGUUGUAGGUGGCUUUGAGUCCAUUAAAGAUCCAGGAUGAAUAACAAGAAAUUGAA